AUGGUACCUAAACAAGGGUGGAAAUUGCUGACCAAGCCCCACUCUUUAGUUUCCAGGUUCUUCAAAGCAAGUCUUUGGAAAGCAAGAGAUGUUUUGUGGAUGGGGUGUAGGUGGAGUAUUAGAGAUGGUAGCCAAAUUAGGGUAUUAAAUGAGCCUGGGAUUCGUGGAAGUAAAGAUGUUCGUUUAGGGGGUCCGUAUCCUCAAGUUGCAAAGGAGAUCUUGAAUGUUCCUUUGGUUGAGGACAUGGUAGUUAAUGGGCUGGUUUGGAACGAAGAUAAUAAUGGCGAGUAUAGUGUCAGUACAGGUUAUAGACUCUGGAGGAACUCGCUUGGUUAUCACUCUAAUUGUAAAGUUGUCGGUAAUUGGGAGAAUUUGUGGAACAUUAUGGCUCCGCCUAGAGUUAAACACCUUUUGUGGAGAAUUUGUAGAGGCAGCAAUAUAGAAGAUAGGAAGGAUGCAUGUACUUUUGCUAUGAUGGUAGAGGUGAUUUGGAAGAACCGUAACAAUAUAGUUUGGAAUUAUGUAAGGGAGGGAGUUGCUUGGGAUAUAGGUAGUAUGUCAUCUAUAGAAGCUGGGUCUUUAGCAUUGAAAGAAGUUGUUCAACAUGUUGUUACCAUGAACUUGGAUUAUGUGAUAUUCCAAAGUGACUCUCAAGUGGUUACUCAAGGCAUUCAUUCUAUAGCUACUAAUUCGUCUGAGUUUAAUUUUAUUCUUCUUUCUAUUAAGCGUUUGUUAGCUUUUUGUCAAUAA